AUGCACGGGAGAGUGCAUAAUUUUCCGGGGAUGUUGGGCAACAUCGAUUGCAUGCACUGGGAGUGGAGGAACUGUCCGAUUGCUUGGAAGGGGCAGUUCACAUCUGGAUUCAAAGGGAGACACCCAACAAUGAUACUGGAAGCUGUUGCUGACUACCGAUUGCUAAUCUGGCAUGCAUAUUUUGGUGUCGCAGGGUCGAACAACAACAUCAACAUACUGGAUUCGUCUCAUCUCUUCAAUGAUGAGUGUCAGGGUGAGGGUCUGACGGUCAGAUUCAUGGCCAACGGGACGCAGUACAACAGGGCAUACUACUUACCCGAUGGGAUAUAUCCUCGUUGGCCCGUAUUUGUCAAGACGAUCCGGCAGCCGGUUGGGCCGAAACAAUCCUAUUUCGCGGCCAAACAAGAGAGUGCUAGGAAGGAUGUUGAGCAUGCUUUUGGUGUCCUCCAAGCGCGAUGGGCCAUUCUACGGUGCCCGGUUCGACAAUGGCACGAAAAUGAUGUCGCCUCUAUCAUGUAUGCAUGUAUCAUAUUGCACAAUAUGAUAAUAGAGGACGAAGGAUAUUCUGCAGAGAACUGGGCGCCGGAAGAGGGUGCAAGUACGAGUCACGGUAUUGCAACCACCCCACUGCAGAUGGUUGUACCGCAUAGUAAUGCAUACUUGAUCCAAUGGUUGGCCGAUAUGCGGAGGGAAACAUCACAUACGACACUGCAGGCUGAUAUGAUCGAAGAGGUUUGGAAUCGUAGGGUAGGAGGGGGUAGAGCGUGA